AUGUCAGACCUGUUUCCUUACGGUCAGAGACCCAACGACGGGGAGACGGAGGUUUUGUUGAAGAUUGCUCGCGUGUUUGUGCCGCAGAUUAUAACCAAGAAGAAGUUCGAGGUCAUGAAGAAGCGGAUCGUGGAUAUCUGUGCCGAGGCCGUUUCGAAGGAUUCGGAGGAGAACGUGAUUCGCAACAACGAAGUUUAUCGCAGUUGCAACCUCGAGCUGGAAAAAUGGGUCACCCCUGAACUGCCCCAGAAUGUAAACUAUCAAACUUUCCUGAAGGCUCUUCCCUUGUACCUGCGGUCCCCUGGGAAGAAAUGCGACCAGACAGCAUCGGCCGUGGCUUUCAUCCUGCAGAUGAUCUCAUUCAGAGACUUCUGCGAGUUCAUUCUGUUUGCCAACAAGGAGGUGAAGGGGAUCCGGAGCUGCGCGUCUGAAUUUCAGCCGAUGGAUCUCCAGCUUCCUCCUGAGUCGCAGGGUCUCAUCUCGUCCCAUCUCAACGAGGCGAACGAGGCUCUCAAGGGAUUCGGUCAGAGGCCGUCAGGGCCGGGGUGGGUUGAGUUUGCCAAGAACAAGUCGAUCCAUGCUGAGAAGAAGAUCACGACCAAUGACCUUCUGAAACAGAAGAAUGAAAUGUGGUUCCGCAUUAUGAUGGAAGCAGAGCUGACGUAUGUGGAGUGUUGCGACAUGUUUCACUUCGUUGGAGACAGAAGGCAGGAAUGGGACACAAAUUACCAGGGACAUGAAAUCAUCUACCGCAACGAGCAGCGACCGGCCGACGACUUUGUGAUGAAGUACGACGUGAACCUCGGACGCCUCAUGCACUUGUUCAACAUCCCCCGAUCCUACACAAUCCGCGUCAUCCGCAGGCACAACUUCCCCGCACAGAACAUGUGCACGCAAGUGACGAUCCCCUGGAACUUGGAGACGAACACCUACGACGAGAACAACAAAACCUUCAAACUCAAAGUCACCACCAUCGGCCCCAGCCCGAGAAAUCCUGAGAAGUCCAUCAUAAUGGAGACGGCCAAGGCAAAUAUUCGCUUUCUGCCCAUCUGGAUGCAGAAGAUCAUCUUGUCAACCAUCACUCCCAAGAUCAUCGGAGGAAUGAUCAUUCGAUACAUCCAGAAGAUCAAGAAAAAGAACAAGGUGGUUGAUCUCAACACAGUCCAGGCAGAGAACAAAUCUUCAGCCUCGUUCCCCGGUAGCGCCUUGAUGGGACUGGAGCAGGAGAAGCAGAACCAGGAGAGGAUCCUCGCUCACAACAUGAGCAUGGCUCCCUUGAUCUCUCAGAGCAACGAAAUGGGUUUCGCUGGGCUCAUCCCAGGCACGAGUGCAGGAGAGGAGCAGAUCUUUCUCAACGGGUCGGAGCCGCAGACAUGGGACCUGGACUGGCUCAUGCCUGCCCCCGGAUAA